UAGGCUCCGUAUGUGAUCGACACGACGGCUCUCGUCUUAGCAUGGCCCGAGCCUUCACCCUGGGCCGCGCGCCAUGCGCCCUGAGCGGCCUGGGCCAUCUGGUCUCGCCGGAGGUUCCGAGGCGCGCGCCGGCCGGGCCCGUGGCAGCUGUGGCCACCUGCCUGCACGUGCGCCAGCGGAUGGGCAGAGGCGGCGGCAAAGGCAAGGGCAGCGGCAAGGGCAAAGGAGCUGGGUCGCAGAAGCCCACAGAUGACCCCAACUUCGUGCGAUGGUCCAAGAACAUGCGUCUGCAAGGAUCACCUUCAGGUGCUGUCUACGUGGUGGAGGACUACGUGGCGAGCGGCUCCUUCAGUCGUGUGUUCCGCGUUCACGAAGCGAAGCGCUGGGGUGAGAGGCGGGUCUACGCCGCAAAGGUGAUGCGCAAGGAGGACUCGUACAUCCAGUACACCUCCAGCGGCCCCAAAGAGGGCGAGCUCCUGAUGCGCCUCGAGGCGGCGCAGGCGGCGCAGGAGCAGGAGGUGUUGACCAUGCGUUGCCUGGACUCCUUUGCGACCAAAGACGACGCUGGACAGGAGUACUGGUGCCUGAUCUUGGAAUGGCUGGAUGCAUCUUUGUUCGACAUUGUACGAGCCAAUGGCCAUCGAGGACUGCAUCUGUCGAUGGUGCGGAUCUUGCUGAGACAACUUUUGGAGCAGCUAAAAGUGCUGCAGGAGCUGAAGUGUACUCACACAGAUAUCAAGCACAAGAACUGUUGCUUGGCCAACACCGAGCACUACUUGGCACCCUCUUCCGGAGGGCCAACGAUAAUCCUCACGCAGCCCUUGGCAAAGUUCAUAGACUACGGCAACGCCGUGUUCGAGGGCGACAAGAAGCCACACCCGAUUCACACCAAGCAGUUUCGUGCGCCAGAAGUCCUGCUCAAUGUCCGGAUGGGCUGGGGCCCGGCCAGCGACACCUGGACCUUGGGAGUCACUGCAGCCUUCCUGGUCUCUGGGCAGCUGAUCUUCAAUUCCCAUGAUCCAACGGAGCUCCUGCGGCUCAUGCGCCAGGCACUGGGGCCCUUCCCGGCGCGGCUGCUGGCUGCGGCGCAGGACAAUCGCAUGCGCAAGGCGGCAGAGCUUGCAGAGGGCGGUGUGGAGCCACAGCUCGGCAGCUGGCUGAAUCUGGCUGGCAAAGGCCCUGCUGAAGCCGCAUGCGCGGAUCUGCUGCUGCGGAUGCUUGCGCUGGAUCCAGGGGAGCGGCUCAGUGCAGAGGAGGCGCUACGCCACACCUUCAUCGCGGACGGAGGCGACGGUGAGAAGGCACCAAUUCCCCCCAAGACCUCUGAGCUGCGGUACCUAGGUGCAAGCUGAGGACACGCGGCCUUCUUUCCGUGAGGAGUGCUUGCUGAGUGAAAUUCCAGCGCGCCGGAACCUCUGCGGCGUGUCCCGCAAGAACACGGAGCCUCCGUUUUCGCAGAGUUAGGAGAGCUGGCCUUCCAGAGAACAGCUGGAUGGAAGCAAGUGCGCUUGAUGGGCGGCGACUGGUUUGCAUGUCAGGCACGGU